AUGGCGACGGCCAGCAGUGGUUCAAAAAGUCCAAAUACUGGCGAAGAAACAUCAAAUAAAUCACCAAAUAUGUCGUUAAAUCAAACCAGCAACCCACCAGAGAAAACCACUGCUGAACUUUUACAACUGUCCAUGGAAGAAUUUUACAGAGAUCGACCAAUUUUGUUUAGCAACCUGCCAGCUUCUGCAAACGAAGAUGACUUAAAUGUGCUGUUGGGAGCAUACAUAGCAAAAAGCAUAGAAAUUAUACCUGGACAAAAGAAGGCUCUGGUUGUGUUAGAAAGUGGAUUAGAAAUCGAACAGUUAUUAUUAGAUUUACAAAACACAAAAUUCCAGGACUGUGUAAUAAGUAUAGAUCGAUGUGAAACAGAGAAACUUUUGUGUUGUGCACAUCUUCCAAGUGAUUACACGGUGGAAAAGUUCCGAGCCCUGGUGGCUCCCUUCUGUGCUGUCAAAAAGUGCUUUCUCUACCGAAGUCAAACAACUAAUGAUUAUAAGUGGUAUGGAGUUGUGGAAUAUAGUGCUCCCUUGAGUCAGAUUUCAAGCAUCCGCACAGAACUGGAUUGGAAAAUGGUAGAUGGAUACCAUAUACACUGUGAUUUCCUGGACAAGAGUCUCUCCUCUUACAGGAAAUUAAACUCCAAGUGUUUGUUUGUGGACAAUCUUCCCAAAGACUUCACUAACACCUCAGAGUUUAGGGAUAUAUUUAGUGCAUUAUCUAGUCCACUUUACUGCCAGAUUGUGAUGAAAGAUGGAAAGUCUCUGGGUUAUGGAAUCAUUGAGUACAAAUCCUGGCAAGAGGCAGAAAAGUCGGAGCGGCAUCUGAACGGUCACAGAGUUCUUGAUGUACCCAUGAGGAUCACCUAUUGUAUCCCAGGGAUCUCGGCCGUUACCAUCUGUACUCGGCUGAUGAGUAAAUUUGAUAACCCUGCUGAGGUUGUCAGUAAGCCCAGCCUGCUGCCAGACCCUGUCCACCCAUGUAAAGAGUUAAUAUGUAACCCGCUUGUCCAGCGUUUGACAUCACAACACCCUACAUUGAUGAAAAAAUUUGAAGAAGCCAUCCAAAAGAUGCAUGGCACCUAUGUGAAACAAUUAACCUGCAAUCCAGAGAAACCAGGACUACUGGGCCCCGCCCCCGCCGUGCCAAUGAGCCCACUGAUGACGGUCAAUGUACAGCUGGGGCUGUUCAUUCUGUUAGCAUUCCAGCUACAACUCCAGGCUCCCACCAGUCAGGUUUUUGAUGUAGAUCUCGCAAAUCUGAUGUCUAAGAAAGUCAACAAUAAUCAGUCAGAAAAGCCAUCAUUGCUGGGCGACCCGUAUGCUUCCCAGUCCAACAUUAUUCUACAGAGUCUGUUGUCCAAGCUGUCCCCAGGGAAACCCAGCCAGCCCGUGGGUAGUUCCGACGUGAGCUCCAUGCUGCAGUCAGUGUCACAAAACCUCCAGAACAUGGACGUCAGUGGUCUAAUGAACAUCGGUCAGAUUGCUGGACAGUUGGGGGUCGAAAUGGGAUACCCUGGGGGUGAAGCUACACCCCUCAUGGAUAUGUCCUUAAAAAAUUCCAAAGAGGGGUUAUUAGGCGCUGCACCACCUGAGAUUCUGGGAUUGGUGCAUAGAGGUCAACCACCCAAGAAGACCCUGUUUCCACCUGGGGUAGAAGGGGAUGUCAAACAGUCCCUUUUGGGGGAACCUCCUCAGAGCUUGAUGCAGGGCUGGUCAUCGAGACCUGUCGGGGGAGGCUUGCUUCCUAAUCCAGAAACUUCUCAUAGCCACCAGCAAGGAGGACAAGAAGAGAGCAGCGAGUAUAAUCAGUACUAUGGAUACGGCAGGGAUGAUGAAGGAUAUUACAGUUCUCACUAUCAGCAUCAAGGCAAUCCCUACGACUACUCAGAAGAAAAUUAUGAUUACAAUGACAAGCGAUACAUGGACAUAGCAGCUAAAGCAGCAGCCUAUGCAGCCUACAACCAGCCUAACUAUGCGUCCUACAGCAGUUACACUGGCCAUGACGAGUCCUACAGCUCGGGAUACAGCAGUGUGUCAGGCCAGGACUAUGACGACUCUUACAGCUACGCCGCCACGGACUAUGGCUACAGAGGUCACGGCAUGGAGGCCCCACCCACUCACCACAUGGCAGCUCCUACCCCUCAGUCUAACUACGAACCCCUUCAUCCUCCUGGCACAGCCACGGUGGAGAGGCCACCCUUAUUGAAAAGGGAUUAUCAACACCGCCAUUCAGUGCCAAGUAACACCUACAAUGAACCAAUACAGCCUCCCUCAGCAGCAAGGGCAGACAAUCAGCCUCUACUGAAAACACCACAGGGGCAAAAAAGAAGUUUCAAUCAUCUGUUACCUCCCCCCGAGCCCAGUCCGGAGGGGGACUAUGUGGGCCAGCACUCUCAGGGCAUUGGGGGACACUAUGCCGCAUCUUACACCAACAAACGACAGAAAGUGUCCCAUACAAGACUUAUGAUGCAAUACUAAGACCAAUAUCACCAUUGGACGAGUCAAUCCACUACAGAUUUUGAGGGAGACUUGAUUUUCAUUUGAUCUCAAAUUUAGUGUGUACUGUGAUUGCUAAAGAUUACUUAGAUUAUAAAUUUGUUAAGUAUUUUUGUUAGGUAUUUAACUAUGGGAGAUCAGACCACUAAAGCAAAUGAGCAUAUUUUCUACAAGAUGAAUCGUACAGUGUAUUUUGUUUUAUGGAGUGCCAACAAGACACAACCAUUCCCUCUCCUUCUGUAGUGCUAAAGUUCCCUCUAAUACAGAAAGUGUGCCAUCUUUUCUUGUUACAAGGUUCAGAUUUUUUUUUAAUGAUUUUUUUUUAAUAUUAACCUUUUUUUUUGAAAAACAAAAGGUCACACAGAGAUUUAUGACUACACUCUGUUUUAUUUGUUCUUUGUUUUAAAUGGACGAGAUGUUUAACUUUGUUUGUGAAGAGUGAUCAUCUGAGAUUUAUUUCCGAUACUGAAGUAUACAGUAUAUUUCUAAUACACAAGGUGUAUAUUUUGUUAAUGAUUAAAUUAUUACGGUCAGUUAUUAGAUUGUACUUGUGUGUAUGUUUUGUAAAAGCAUCUAUAUAUACAAACACUUCCAGGUAUACAAAUCUACAUACUACAUUCUACUAUAAGCCCAUUUUGAUCAUUUGUAUAAAACUGAAAAAAAUCCAUGUACAAAUCAAAGACGUAUUUGACAAAAAAGAUUUUUGUUAAAAAUAAGGUUGUUUUAAUGAAAUGUCAUCAACCUGUCUCUAAUAUCUGUAACUUUUUAAAUUUCUUUUCAAAAUCCGUUUCAUUUUUAUAUUUUAUUCACAUACUGUCACCAGGUGGGAAUCAAUAAAUGUUGUAUAGAUGGAAACUUCAUUGUGUAAAUGAGAAUAUGAAUUUGUGUGAUUUAAUAUUUGUGGUGAAGUGAAAGUUACAUAGUGUUAAAAAGGUUAUGCAUGAAUAUGGAAGAAUUCAUUCAUCUGAGGAACAUGGUACUUUCUAUUUCAAUAAACCAUGUGGCACGUUUUGAAAAAAAACCACAACAAAUUAAAUUGUAUUGGGUAGUCGGUAAGAGAGUACGGUAUUCAGAUUGGGAGAAAAUUAUUUAAGUUCAUCAAAACAACAAUACGCUUACUGGUAUAGUAGGAGACAGUUCAUGUCAUGCUAAUGAUUUGUUCUCUCUCUCCCUUCUCUCUCUUUCCUUCCUCUUUCUCCCUCUUUCCUUCCUCUUUCUCCCUCUUUCUCUCUCUUUCUCUCUCUCUCUCUCUCUCUCUCUCUCUGACUUGAUAGAAACACCUGAUUGAAAAUUCUAGGUUGAUUUGUUUCUUAACCUAAAACAGCAAGAAUAAAAAUAAUUGGUGAACAAUGAAAAGUCUGAUAAAAAACAGAUUUCAACAAUUUUAGUUUUAUAAACCUUUUACCUCCCAAACCUAAAUAUUGUUAUCUCAAGAAAGAUUUAUCUUUGUCAUGUUGACUGUUUGGUUCUUGUAAAUAAAAAUAAACUUUCCCUUUUUUAAAACACUUUUAACACAAUGUUUUUGAACUGAAAAAAAAAUUGUACAUAAUAUAAUGUGCUGUAUGUUUUAAUACAUGUCAAACAAUGUUACAUUUCUCUUGUUUCUGUAAUCAUGCUUCGAAUAUUUGUUAGGGUGCUUGUGAGUGUUCAUUUUCUGUUAAACUUGGUAUAUUUAUAAAGAGGAUGAGACUGUCAUACAUUUCCAUUAAAUUCAGCAGUAUAGUCA